AUGGCAUCUGCUCAAGAUUCCAAAUAUGUCCAGAAAGAUACAUCUGAUCAGAACUUUGAUUACAUGUUCAAACUGCUCAUUAUCGGCAACAGCAGUGUUGGGAAAACCUCCUUUCUGUUCCGAUAUGCUGAUGAUUCCUUUACGUCUGCAUUUGUAAGCACGGUUGGGAUUGAUUUCAAAGUAAAAACAGUUUUCAAAAAUGAAAAAAGAAUUAAGCUACAGAUUUGGGACACAGCAGGUCAGGAGAGAUACAGAACAAUCACCACAGCUUACUACCGGGGUGCAAUGGGCUUCAUUUUAAUGUAUGACAUCACAAAUGAAGAGUCUUUCAAUGCUGUGCAGGAUUGGUCAACUCAAAUCAAAACAUACUCUUGGGAUAAUGCCCAGGUUAUUCUGGUCGGUAACAAAUGUGACAUGGAGGAUGAACGGGUAAUCUUCACCGAGAGAGGGAAACAUUUAGCAGAGCAACUUG